CCUCUCGUGAAGCUUGAAACACCAGUAGCUGCUCGCUAAAUUCGAAAUCAUGUCUCGUCUAGCGUGGGCCAGUCUUGUGGUAGUGUUGGCUGCUGUGGGGAUCGGGGUCUACUGGAACUACGAUGGCUUCGAUCCAGAGACAAUACGCGGUGCAACAGUUGUCAUCACGGGCUGCAGUACCGGCAUCGGCGAAGAGAUGGCGUACCAGUACGCCCGGCUGGGAGCAAAGAUCCUCAUCACAGCCAGGCGGGAGAACAGACUGAAGGAGGUCGUGGCGAAGGCCGUGUCUCUGGGAGCCCAGGAGGCGCACUACGUGGCCGGGGACAUGGGGAAGGCGGAGGACUGUGAGAGAACCAUUCAAACAGCCAAGGAGAAAUUCGGACGCCUUGACUAUUUAGUCCUGAACCACGUAGGUACAAGCGUCAGGAGUACUCGUGACUUUAAGAAGUUACAGCCUUGGGACGAGGACCCUGAUAUGGACUUCCUCGUGGACGUGUUAAACAUCAACCUGGUCAGUUACGUGCGACUGGCCUCGCUGGCCCUGCCUCUGCUGAAGGAGAGUAGCGGGCACAUCGUGGUCAUGACUGCUCUCGGUGCAAAGAUUGCAGCCCCUAACCUGGCCUGGGGCGCAGCGGUGAAGUUCGCCCUGGACGGGUUCUUCAGCUCGCUCCGUGUGGAACUGCUGAAGGCCGGACAGGACGUGUCCGUCACCCUGGCAAUUAUCGGCUUGAUCAGGACACACGGGAUGCAGGAAAUGUUACAAAAAACGGAGAAGGGACGAGAGAUGCUGAAGAUGACCGUGCCUGUGGACGACACAGCCCGCGCCAUCAUCCGGGGAGGGGCAACCCGCGCCCGCGAGGUCUACUACCCGGCAGCCUUUUGCUGGACGCUCACCAAACUCAGGGCCAUCGUUCCCACCUUCGCCGAUAACUUCUUAUUCCACAGGGAGUUGUGAGUGCCCAUCAUAGGGGACUCUGAUGUCCGACUUUCUAGAAUAAACAUUUAGAUGUAUUCAUCACCACUAGGAGUGGGUACCGGUACAAAACCGUUUUUUCUUAUUGGACCGGUCCGGAAAAACCGGACCUGAAAAAAUUCGGUGGAUCGGAUGUUGGACCUAUU